CCCUCAGUAGUUCUCACCGACACACGGACGCGACACCCACGGCCACGGCGCACCUCCUUCUGCUCAUCUCUGUCGCGUCCUCAAGUAACCGCGAGUGCUUUCUUGUCAACAACUCUGUUUGAUUCCAAUCGCAAACUGUUGUAUUGUUAGUCACGUUCCAUGGAAUUCCUGAGUAUCUGAAGGCACACCAUCUUCGAUAAUGCACUCGGCACGGAUGAACAGGAACAAAUGUGCAAUUAGUUGGUGUUAGUGAACCUGAAAGCCUUUUGGACCUAACAAACAUUACGGUACAAAUCGAAAAUGAAGGCAUCGGGCCUGACUUGUCGAAUGUUGGUGUCAGUGUGGUGCUUAGCGUUGCUGGCGGUCUCGGCUGGCUCGAGCGAGUCUCCGGUGCCAGAGACUCCUGUUUCGACGGUCUCAGAGACCUCUUUAGACACUUCUAGUUCAUCGGCCAGCAAUCUGAUAGUGAGCGCGAGUGGACAGUUGUGCGAUGAAGGUGCGGGCAGUUGCACGCGUGCGGGCGUCAUUAAACUGAUGGACGGUGUGGUGGUGCGUCGACAGAAUGUGACGUCACCGGAGGAGUCGGCCAGAGAGGCCAGGGAGUUGGCCGACGAGAAGGAUGUCGGCCUCAAGAUGCUCAGGAGGUUGGAGAGGUUCACCAAGAAUCAUGUUGUCGAAAUCGAUAUUCCCAUGUUUGUGAACAGCACUAGACGGUCGUUUUCAACUGAGAUGCCUCGGCUGAUGUUCGGCAAGAACUCGUUCCUGACGGGCUUCGGCCUGGGCUUCCUGGCGUUCGGCCUCAAGAAGCUGCUACUGCCGCUGUUCAUUGGCGCGCAGAUCGUCAAAUCGGUGCUGAUCGCCAUGUUCCUGCCGAGCAUCCUCGGCGGAAUCGGCAAGCUGGUCGGCAAGGGCGUCUCCAACUUCGCCCAGUCGUCCGGCUCCAAUCCGUCGGCCGGCGUCGACACUAUUAACGAUUUUGACUUCAAGGACACAACCAACACUGGCUACGACGCUGACGCGGCCGGCUCCGAGAACCAGCCGUACGGUGUGUGGGCUUUUCCACCAGAGGGCAGCACCUACGCCCAGGGGCUCAACUUCAUUCAGAGCGCCAUUGGACGACCGACGCUGGCGCCCUAUCCUAGCGCCGGGGGCGGCUUGAAUGCCGGGGGUGCCGCUUCUAGUCUCUACUCGCCAGCUGCUAUGGCUGCCUCCAAGUUGCAGGAUAGUAGAUACACACCAAAGGUGCCUUACGCUCAGCCAGCCGCCACAAAGCAUCAAGGCAGCUUCUACUCGCGAGACAAGCAGCAGGAUUACAAGCUAUUCCACCAAAUACCUCACUCGUCGCAUUUGCUGGCAAACUAUGAUCCUUUCUACAGUCCAUUGCUGUCCAGGCUAGACAGUGUCUUCAAGCAGCUGGGAUACGCACACGAAGGAUGCAGAGAAAGAUUGGUCUGUGAUAUGUACAAUAAUCCAGCCAAGUUUGCACCGUACAGCAAUCUAGUCUCAGCCCAAUUGAGCAGGGAACUGAAUGAACUGCGCAAGCCAUCAUCGGACAACCCCGAGAUCCUACGCUUCUUCAAGUACAUGAAGGCAGCAAAGGAAGGCCAGGAGGGAGUGGACUGCUCGCGGCGGUACCCGGGAUGUCCGGCCUCCACUAUCCAAAGCGAUGCACCACCCAUGCUCACCACAUUCAACGACAUCAACAAGUUGGUGCAUGCCCGCAAACUGCAAGCGUGACUCCACACUUGACUCCACUCAAGCGACAAUCAAACUAAUUUCAAUUCAGGGAUAGUGUGAACUGUACUUUGAAUUUCCUCCUACAUCAAACAUAGCGAGGAAUACUCAUUAUAGUGAUAUAAUCAGCUGAAACGCUAGCUUAGAUCAACAGCCUCAAUUUUGAGAUGGCUGUUGUGAUUUAUUGUGAAAUCAUUAUUCAUUGCCAUAACUUCAAUGAUAUUACAGACUUUGAUAGGGUUACUAGUUCAUUGAGUCUUCAAUAUACCAAACAUGGGGGAAUAAGUGCAUUGCAUUAUUCCCACAAAUUACAUGUGGAUUUGUGUAAACAGGGUGAGCAGAGUGAUGAUAUGAAAGAAACUUGACAAGUGAACUAUAUUUGAGUACAAUGUAGUUGUUAGUGAGGUUUAAAAAGAGUGAAUGGGUUUUUAUUGGAGGGCAGGCCCUCGUAGGUUUGUUCCCUGAGGAGACAUUGAUAAACAAUAUUUUAAGUAUGUUAUGAACCACCAUUCAAAGAGGAGAAUGAGUGGAUGUUCGAAGCUCAAAUAAGUGUGCUAACCGCUCAUCAUUUUUCAGAGCUUGGUAUUCAUUGAUUUGAAGCUGUAGUUACAUUCACUUAUUUAUUUAUUCUACUUCUUAAGAAAUCAAAUAAAAAUUUACUAAUAGAAACAAAUAACCUAUCAAACCAUUUAAAAAAAAUCUUAUUUAAUUUGAUUCUUGGAGUUAUUUUUUAACCUUUUUUAUUUCAAAUUUUCUCUAAACUGCAUCUCUUAUUUUUAACAAUUGAACUCAUAUGUUUGAUUCUGAAAUCUUCAGUUAGAAAGAUUCAAAUUGUAUUUAGAUUUGUGAGAACUCUUCCUAUCCUAUCGGUUUUACCAUACUUUGAGAAUAAAUUUUGACCAUAAAGGAGAAAUAAAAAUAAAGUGAAAGGUAGUUAAUGCUAAUUGUUUAAAUAUCUAGUACCGUAUUUAAAUUCAUAUUAAAUUAUUUAUUUAUUUGUAGUCAAUUUUUGAUAAGAAACAGUAAGAAGUGUGAGUGAGAGUUCAAGAUGCCAAUUUGAAUGCAAUAUGGCAAUAUAUGAAAAAAUUGCAAGCGGCAAGAUGAAUAAUGUAGCACGAAAUUACCAUAUUUGGUGAAAGAGUUUUAUUGUCUAGUUUGCUAUGCUUGAGAUGUUUCUUGAAAGGUCUCUUAAAGACUCACUUUCGAUAUUAAAUUUAGUACUGGUACCAGACAUAUAAAACAAUGGAGUCAUUCUUAUUGUAUGAUGAAAAUUUUAAAAUCAUCGCAUAUAUAUAUUAUAUUGUAUUAUUAGGGGAGGCAUUUGGUUCAAGCACUUGAAUAAUUGCUCAAAAAAGAAAACAAUUUGAUUGUGUAAAAAUCAAAUCUAUUUUCUUGAAAUGAAUGCUUUAAGAUUUCUUAGAUUUUAUUAUUAUUAUGACAAUCCAUUCAUAUCUGUUAUAUCUAUACAAAGGUUUGAUUUCCUAAUUUAAAAUAUUUUUACACAUUAAUUAUUAUGAAUCUUGAAUACCAAUUGCAUAUUCCAUAAUGAAAUAUUGACGUGAAGAAAUGUAUGAUAUCAGGAAAAAUAAGCCUAUGUUAGGCCUACUCCUAGCUUCCAUGUUUUAGGCCUAUAUCAAUUGGCUAUUAUUUCCUUAAUUUACUAUAAAAAGUAUAAUACAGAGUGUUUACGAACUCUCUACCAAUAGGCUACUCUAGGGCAUUGUUCCUGGGUGAGAAACAUAACUAAAUAUCAUAUUUAAAUUGUCCGGAAGUCUUCAGUUACUUACACAGCGGCCAUUUUGCUUUUUUAACUUUCAAGUUUAAAAUAACAGUGAUUUAUUUCACUUAUGCCAAGACCAAGAGGGUUAUGUAACAUUAAUUAUUGUUUGAAAAAGUCUUAAAAUAGCUUACAAAUGACAUGCAAAGCAGACAGACUGUUGCAUUGUUGUAGCAGACUUUAGCAUGCACUGCAACUAACCCCAGUAGUGUCCUAUCACUGAAGCAGGCAAAUCUCAGUUAAUAUUGAUCCAUUUUUAAAAAAAUCAGGAACCAAUCGAUAGGUAGGCUAAUUAAAUUUAAUAAAAAAAGUUAUUCUUGUAAAUGUUUUGUAAAACCAACGGUUUCUGAGUUAUUUAAUAAACAACAUUUUAGAUGGCCGCCAUUUUGUUUUAUGAAUUUGAAAAAUUAUCAUAAUUUUUUUGUAGCUUUGUCUAGUUGUUAUAAAUGAUUGUGCGAAGUUUUAAUUUCUUAUGUUCAACCAUUAUUUAGAAAAACAAUAAUAAGUUGAAAAAGCAAAAUGGCCGCUGUGUAACUGUAGACUUCCGGACAAUUUAAAUAUGUUUCUCACCCAGUAACAAUGCCCUAGAGUAGCCUAUUGGUAGGGAGUUCAUAAACACUAUGUAUAUGAAUUAUGCAUACUAUCUUACUGCCAAAGUACCAAUACAUUUAGUAUAAGCAAAACAGUAGGCCCUAUUUUGAUAGAUUAUAGUUCCCACGUCAUUAUGCAAUGAAUUUUAUCAUUCAAAUGGCUUAGUUCUGAACAUCAACAAUUUAAUUGGUAUUAAUUUACUCCCCUAGAAUCGAAAUCAUUUUCAAAGUGGAUUGUCUUCUGAUGAAUAAAUCUAAUUGGUAUGAAUACCUUCUUAGUUUAUAUAAGAUAAGUUGUUUUGUCCCGCAUGGUUCGAAGACUGUUGACAAUGUUUAUUGUAUUGAUACAUGAGUGAUGAAAACGUUAUUUAUUUCAAAUAAUUGUGUGUUUGUAUUUUUGAAAAUGUACAGUAGUGUCUAUCUUGUAUAACUUGUAAAAAUAUCAAGUCUUAAUAAAAAUUAUUUAUUGAUUCAA